AGGCCCUGGAGGAGUCCGGGAAGAUCCCAAAAGAACCAAGUGAUUCCAAUGAUGACUGGAGUUGCCCAAAAGGUCUAGAACGCACCCAAAAAGGCCUCAGAAGCACUGGGACUUGAAGGGACGUGCUCGCAUGGCGUUGAUGGCGUGUCACUUCCUUCCUGCGCCGUGUGACUAGAUGACUCGUCACUCAGCGCUCAGUGCAGACUUCAGCAGCCCACCUCAACAGCCAUCGCCACGACAACAGCAGCCUUCAGGCUUUCAUUUCACAUUUCAGGACGUUGUGUGCUGCAACUUUCAGGACCCUGACAUGGACAACUCCACGGCAAGCGUCUCUCCAGAAGAGCUGGAGGACCUGAGAGAGGCUUUCGCCAAGAUCGACGUAGACAACAACGGCUUCAUCAGCAAAGACGAACUCGACCAACUCUUCAGGGCCGCCAACCUAGCUCUGCCGGGCUUCAGGGUCCGAGAGAUGGUCCAGGAGCUGACCAAGACCAGCGAGCGGCUCAACUUCCAGCAGUUCACGCAGAUGGUCCAAAGCCUGAAGAGCACGGAGGUUGGCAAGACCUUCAGAAAGGCCAUCAACAAGAAGGAGGGAAUCUGCAACGUGGCAGGAACAUCGGAGCAAGCGGGCACGCAGCACUCCUACUCGGAGGAGGAGAAGGUGGCCUUCGUCAACUGGAUCAACAAAGCUCUUGAGAAGGACCCGGACUGUAAACACGUCCUGCCGGCUGAUCCCAACAGCAAUGAUCUUUUCACGGCGGUGGGAGACGGAAUCGUUCUAUGUAAGAUGAUCAACCUGUCUGUGGAGGACACCAUCGAUGAGAGGACCAUCAACAAGAAGAAGCUCACUCCUUUCACCAGUCAGGAGAACCUGAACCUGGCGCUGAACUCGGCGUCAGCCAUCGGCUGCCACGUGGUCAACAUCGGCGCCGAAGACCUGAAGGAAGGCAGGCAGCACUUGGUCCUGGGCCUGCUGUGGCAGAUCAUCAAGAUCGGAUUAUUUGCCGACAUCGAGCUCAGCAGGAACGAAGCUCUGAUUGCUCUGCUGCGAGAUGGUGAGAGUCUGGAGGACCUGAUGAAGCUCUCACCAGAGGAACUUCUUCUGCGCUGGGCUAACUACCACCUGGAGGAAGCCGGCGCUCCAAAGCUCAACAACUUCAGCUCCGACAUCAAGGACUCCAAAGCGUACUACAACCUCCUGAAUCAGGUGGCACCCAAAGGUGACGAGGAGGGGAUCCCCCCUAUCAACAUCGACAUGUCGGGAGUGAGGGAGAAAGAGGAUCUGAAGCGUGCCGAGUGCAUGCUGGAGCAGGCUGACAAGCUGGGAUGUCGACAAUUCGUCAUGGCGACCGACGUGGUCCGUGGCAACCCCAAACUCAACCUGGCCUUCGUGGCCAACCUCUUCAACAAGUACCCGGCUCUGAAGAAGCCCGAGAACCAGGACAUUGACUGGAGCUCCAUCGAAGGAGAGACCAGGGAGGAGCGCACCUUCAGGAACUGGAUGAACUCUUUGGGGGUCAACCCUCGAGUCAACCACCUCUACAGCGAUAUCGACGACGCCCUGGUCAUCUUCCAGCUGUACCAGAAGAUCAAGGUUCCAGUAGACUGGGACCGUGUCAACAAACCCCCUUACCCCAAACUGGGCAGCAACAUGAGGAAGUUGGAGAACUGCAACUACGCUGUAGAACUUGGCAAGAAGGAGGCCAAGUUCUCGCUGGUUGGCAUCGCGGGCCGGGACCUGCAUGCCGGGAAUCGAACUCUCACACUCGCUCUUCUUUGGCAGCUCAUGAGGAGAUACACUUUGAACAUCCUGGAGGAUCUUGGUGAUGGUCAGAAGGUGAACGAUGACGUCAUCGUUGUUUGGGUCAACAACACCCUGACUCAACACAACAAACCUUCCAUCUCCAGUUUCAAGGACACGUCCAUCAGCAGCAGUCUGCCCGUGCUGGAUCUGAUCGACGCCAUCCAGCCUGGAUCGAUCCGAUACGACCUGCUGAAGACGGACCAUCUGACUGAAGAUGAGAAACUGAAUAAUGCAAAGUAUGCCAUCUCCAUGGCGAGGAAGAUUGGCGCCCGCGUGUACGCGCUGCCUGAGGACUUAGUGGAAGUCAAGUCCAAGAUGGUGAUGACUGUGUUUGCCUGCCUGAUGGCUCGCGCCAUGAAGCACAUAUGAUCAUGUACCAUGUCAUACCUGCAUGAUGAUGAUGUCAUAUCUCAUGUGCCAUGUCAUAACCUGUAUGAUGAUGAUGUCAUAUCUCAUGUCAUGUCAUACCUGCAUGAUGAUGAUGACAUAUCUCAUAUACCAUGUCAUACCUGCAUGAUGAUGUCAUAUCUAAUGUGCCUUGUCAUACCUGCAUGAUGAUGUCAUACAUGGUACAUGUAAAUGGCAUACAUAGGAAAUAUAUACUGCUUAAAAAAAACUUCAUAAGAUCAAAAAUGUUCAGUUUUGUUUUACUUUCCCCAACAUUUGAUCUCAUUCACCUUGACUUUGUCAAAUAAAAGUCAUAUUUGACUUUUGAACACCAUCUUUGAUGAAUUGUAGUCUCUAAUAUUUGAAAAUGUCACUAUGUUUUAGGACAAGAAAUUUUUUUAGUUUAGCAGGAACCUUAUACUUCAAUAAAAUACUUUUGACUUGUUUAUGUUA